GAAGCCCAUUUCAAGGCCCAAAUUUUCACCAUUGUCUCUUCAAUUACCCUGAAUCUGGUUCGUCACUCCCCUUCAAUUCAUCUAUUCGUCUUCCUUCCCUCAAACCCUAGUCUUUUUUCUAACCACAUUGUGCAAUAAUAUUCAUUUUCCAUACACACUGUGAUUGCUUGAUUUGAUCCCCUUGCUAAAUACAUAGCACAGGACAAAAAGGGUCUGUUUCAUACGCAAAAAUAACUCAAGGGUUUGAGAUUAAAGGCCUACAAUGAAUAACAGUAUGGCAUAAACCCAACAACCGCAAGAAUAAAUAGAUCAAGUUUGAUGCUGCUCAUGGUACUACCAUUUGUAAGAAGCUACGCAUUCUCGAUCAUGUUUUUGUAGCAUAUUGCUUUGCGUAAAUUAUUGGAUGGCGUUGCACUCAGAAGGUUCAAAUAACGAUUACCUUUUCAAGAUUGUCUUGCUUGGUGACUCGGGCGUUGGAAAGUCAAACUUGCUCGCUAGAUUUGCUAGAAACGAGUUUUACUCAAAUUCAAAGUCAACCAUAGGAGUAGAAUUUCAGACCCAGAAAAUGGAAGUUAAUGGGAAGGAAAUUAAGGCGCAAAUAUGGGAUACGGCUGGUCAAGAACGUUUUAGAGCAGUUACAUCGGCGUAUUAUCGAGGGGCUGUUGGGGCUCUUGUGGUUUAUGAUGUCAGCAGACGACAGACGUUUGAUAGCGUUGGCAGGUGGCUUAAUGAACUUCACACUCACUGUGACAUGAAUGUAAUUACAAUACUUGUGGGAAACAAGUCGGAUCUUAAAGACGCUAGAGAGGUUUCAACAACAGACGGGAAAUCAUUAGCAGAAACACAAAGUCUAUUUUUCAUAGAAACUUCAGCACUCGAUUCCUCAAACGUAAAUGCUGCAUUUCAAACAAUUGUUAAAGAGAUUUACAACAUUUUGUGCAAGAAGGUGAUUCAAUCUCAAGAACUGAAAAAAGAGCCAUCAAUCGGAAGCAAAAAGACCGUCGUUUUAGAUCCAAAACAUGAUGCUAACACACAAGAGAGGAAAGAAGAGCCACCUAAAAAGGCUGGGUGUUGUUCAUAUUAGACUAUAAUAUGUCACCUUGCGAUUGUUGGGUAUAGGUGAGAUUGUAUUAGAGAAUGUAAAUGACAUGAAGAUUUGAAAAUGGGAAAAAAAAAUUAGGGGAUUUUGUUGUGUUCAUUUUUUAUAAUGCUGCCGGAAAUGUUUUCGAU